CAACACGGACCCCCUAUCAUACCUUGACUUAGCUCUUCCCAUUUGGUUGCCAGUGGUGAUAGAGCUUGGCGAAGCUCUGCAGGAGGAUCUAGGCUGAGGUCGAGACGCAUGAUGUGGAUGCUUCGUUGAGGCGCAAGACCGCUGAGCGCUGCGGAAACGUAGAGCCACAACCGCCUUUCGGCAACAUCGCUGCGCUGCUUCCUGCUGGUGCUGGGAGGUUGCGAUUAUUGAACCCAAUAGCAAUCUUGCCCUCUGUUCGGCACGAAACGCGGGAGAAAGCUGGGACGACCGCAAGUACUCAGCAACACAAUGUCAGAGCAGCCGGCCAAGAAGGCCAAGCUGGUCCAUCCUGUCCCAGCAUCGGGUCCGGGCUCACCCGUGUCGGAUGAUGAGCCGCUUGCUGCUUCGAUUAGCCCAUUCCCAGCUGGAGGAGGAGUAGGAGGAGCGGCACAUCCACAAUUGUAUGAUCAGCAGGCUGGAUCGCCGCUUGCAGGCUUGGUGCUGCCAGGAUUAAGCAGCGCAGGGAUGGCAGCGGAUGCAGGGGCUUCACUUGCCAAUGGCAAUGGCAGCAUGCUCCCACCGCCUCCAGUUACGAAGAUGAUGGAGAGCCAACACGAUAUCGAGUCACAGGACGCAGGUGCCUCCAUCAGCACUGCCAACUUCUUUUCGCAAUCUUCCCAAGGGCUUGAGGCUAGCUCGCAAGGGACGACGCUUCCUGCUACUCAACAAGGCCAGUCUCAAUCUCAAUCACAGUCACAAUCGCAGCAGCACUUAACAUGCACGCCUCGAAUAGGCAUUGAUCCAGCGCUAGCACGCACAACUGCAUCAGGCGAUGGAUCACUUCCCACAGCGCUAGCACGCACAACCGCAUCAGGCGAUGGAUCACUUCCCACCCCUGCAGAUACUGCGAUUGCACCAGCGGCAAGUGCAAGCGUGGGCGCAGCGCUGGGCAAUGCUACGACCACCUCGUCCGGAAUCACUGUGAAGAAGGAGCCUAGGGAUGAUGAAGGUGACAGAAUGGAUGCUAGGGAAGCGCUCGAUGUCAUGACCGGCGCCGGCGUCGAUCUUAAGGCAGAGCAAGAGGCGAUCGCGAGCAGCUCUCGUGGAGAGCCAUCCACAUCGUAUGCAGCCGAUGGCUCUUCUUCUGCACCUGACGCAGACUUGGGUCCGAGAUUCGUCAGACGACCAGGCGGCGAUUCCUCGGCAGGUGGUCUUUACCUCAGCGUAUACGAUCUCUCCUUCAAGGUUCACAAAAUUGCCUUUAAGCACCAAUUGCAGGUGGAUCCAGAUGUGCUCAACUACCUCAGUUUGGCGACGCGUCAGCGCUUUCGAAAUCUGCUCGAGACAAUGAUCAAGAUAAGCAGGCAUCGAAAUUGGAGCAGCCACCUUGCCGAGCCAGGGUUCUGGCCAGACCGCAAGGGAAAGCGAAGAAAGAUGGAAGGCGAUGGGGACAAAGGCGAAGAUAAUGAUGAUGGUGAUGAUGGUGAUGGGGAGGAGGAGGCUAACCAAAGGGUUACGCUUUACAAGCAGGAGAUCGUUUCAGAUCCAGAGCUCUGGCUCAGCGCCAUCGAAAAGGCAGACCGCGCCAAUGAGAUGCGUGUGAGGCAAAGGCGGUUGGAACGGGAAGAAAGGAUGAAAGCAGCAAUAGCGGCUGAGCUUUCGGAAGCAUCCGGCGAAGGAGUCGGUGCUGAACCUAUGGCGGGUGGUGUGGCCAACAGCUUCAGGGACGCACCCCUCCUUGGCAUGAUAUCGGGGAGCGGUAGCAAGAAGAAGGCCGCAGCUGCUGCGAAGCAUACAAGUGCAGAUGUGACCAAAAAGCUCGCAGAUAGCGUUGCACAAGCGGCUUUCAGUAGCAGCGGUGCCAGCAAGUACUCAUGGAUGGCAUCUAGUGUCGGAAGCCUUGGCAUGGGCCCGAGCCGAUCGCUUGCGGCCAAAUCGGCCUCACCAGCCGGUGGUGCAAGCUCACCGCCAGCAUCCGGAGGCGACGGGGAUGUCAGCAUGGCAGAUGGAGAAGACGGCAAUCCAGCGGCAGGCGGUCUCUUGAAACUUCCCAAACCACGCUUUGCCCCCCUCCCUCCGUCGACCGCAGCAGAUGCUGGCUCGCCCGGCCUUGGUGCUCGUGGCCGCCUAGGUAGCGGAAGCAAGUCUGCAUCUGGCAUUGGUGCGUGGGGCGACUUUUCUGCGAGACAGAAGGAAAGGGAAGAGGAGGAACGGCUUGCUCGCGUCAAAGUCACACUUCAAGACGCGCUCGCUGCGCUCGAGAAGGAGAAAGCAGGCGGCGCUGGCGCUGGAAGCGGCAUCGCUACACUAUUUGGAACACGUGCACUGGGCAAGCCAAAACGGCUAUAGCUUUGUCGCCAAUGCUUCACUUGCACAAUGUAUACACAUGUGCUCCAAUAUCU